CAGAAGAUCUCAGCGCCUGCGUCCAGUUUGAGAGCAGCCGCCAAAACCGGAGCAUGAUGCCGAGCAACAGCUGCGUCUUCCCCACCUUCAACCUGAGGAAGCCCUCCUCGGAGACGGACAUUGAGAACUGGGCCUCCAAACACUUCAACAAGCACACCCAAGGUCUCUUCCGACGCAAGAUCUCCAUCGCCAACAUGCUGGCCUGGAGCAGCGAGUCCAUCAAGAAGCCCAUGAUCAUGACCAGCGACCGCAACGUCAAGAAGGAAGCCUGUGAGAUCUUCAAGCUCAUCCAGAUGUACAUGGGCGACCGGCGGUCCAAGACGGACCAGCUCAACGUAGCUCUGGAGAUCGCCACCAAAGGAUGGAGCAUGCAGGGCCUCCGGGAUGAGCUCUACAUCCAGCUGUGCCGGCAGACCACCGAGAACUUCCGCUACGAGAGUCUCGCCCGGGGUUGGGAGCUGAUGUCCAUCUGCCUGGCUUUCUUCCCGCCCACGCCCAAGUUCCAUUCCUACUUAGAGGGGUACAUCUAUAGGCACAUGGACCCGGUGAACGACACCAAAGUGACUCAGCACAUUAAAGAUCUCCUGGAGAGAAACACUAAGAAGAAGUCCAAAUUGAGGAAAAAACCCAAACCUUAUGUUGAAGACCACGAUGGGGUGGCGGUAAGCACUUACGCCAAGUAUUGUUACAGCAAGCUCCAGAAGGCAGCGUUGACUGGCGCCAAGAAGGGUCUGAAGAAGCCGAACAUCGAAGAGAUUCGUCACGCCAAGAAUGCCGUCUUCAACCCAUCCAUGUUCGGGAGCUCCCUCCAAGAAAUCAUGAACAUGCAGAAGGAGAGGUACCCGGACCGGCAGCUCCCGUGGGUGCAGACCAGGCUAUCAGAAGAAGUGCUGGCUCUCAACGGAGACCAGACCGAGGGCAUCUUCAGAGUUCCUGGGGACAUCGAUGAAGUCAACGCUCUCAAGCUUCAGGUGGAUCAGUGGAAAAUCCCCACUGGCUUAGAAGACCCCCACGUUCCUGCCUCCCUGCUGAAGCUCUGGUAUCGCGAACUUGAGGAGCCUCUGAUCCCGCACGAGUUUUACGAGGAGUGCAUCACCCACUACGAGAAUCCGGAAGCUGCCAUCGCUGUCGUCCACUCCCUUCCCAGGAUCAACAAAAUGGUGCUUUGCUACCUCAUCCGUUUCCUCCAGGUGUUCGUGCAGCCGGGUAAUGUGGCCAUCACCAAGAUGGACGUCAACAACCUUGCCAUGGUGAUGGCCCCUAACUGUCUGCGCUGCCAGUCAGACGACCCACGGAUUAUUUUUGAAAACACCCGCAAGGAAAUGUCCUUCAUCCGGGUGCUCAUCCAGCACCUGGACACAGGCUUCAUGGAGGGAGUGCUAUAGCCCUUGUGCCAACAGGACCGGACCGCAGUUGGACAGCCAUCACCUGGAUCUCCUCCCGAAUCCCAAAGUCAGUCAGUGAGAACCAUUUUUUCGAUGCGGCAGGAGAUGCCAACCUUGCGAAGCACCCGAAGAGAAAAGCUGUGGGCCCACUGACCUUGCCGUCUUGGCUAUGCCAACUUGGGCAUCUGAAGUUGCUCAGGAACCCCUUGGGGCCUGUGCGGACGGACAAAAUGAGGCUGCCUCUUAGUGGUCCCCUGGUGGAUAACCUCCCAAAGACUUCAUCGGGAGCAUCUACAUAAAUGGACAACCCGACACCAUUCGGGAGAAUUGUGAACCAAGGUAGAAAGGCCAGGAGGCCUCUCUACACUCCCCCCCCCCCCAAAAAUCAAGUCUGUCCUGUGGAAAUGGGGGGGGGGCGCAGUACCUGGUUUGGGCAGAUGAAGGAACGUUUGAAUGGGUCGAUGUGGGGGGCGAAUGUUCAAGAUGGUAGCUGAAUCCUUUUCAGAGGAGUCAGAGGAGUGGGAGGGGCACAAAAGGCGAUAGGAUGCAGAUCACAAAGUCCGGCGUUGUGGGGAAAGCGAACUGGCCUCCUGGGAGGCCAGUUUGUCCGACUGCUCCUGUGGAAGGGGAGGGGGUGCCAUUCGAUUGACCACUGAGAACUCUGUGUGGGGGUGUGGCACCUCUGGAAGCUGUUGGAUUAGCUGUUGGCGAGGCUCAAACACCGGCAAGUUUUUAAGAUUUGCGGGAAGAUUCCUUUUUUUUCCCCGUCCUUGUUGCAGCACAGUCACUGCCAAAGGGGGCCAAGCCAUGCAGUCCCCCCCCCCCUCCCCAUCUCGACAUCUCAGCGCCCCACAAAAGGCCUGGUUAUGCCGCCCUUGAAACGGGACGGGGAUAAUGAGAAGGAACUCCAUUCUCGUCACUCGUUUUUUCUUGUCGGGCAGAGUUUUAUACACUGUGAUACAGAACGGGAGCGCUUUCUCGACCUCUCCUUAAGUGAAGGGGUGUGUGCGUGUGCGCGCGGAAAGGCUACCAGGCCCUCCUUGACCCUCGUAGCUCCCCAGCUGAGCGGUGGCGACGACAGGAAGUGGGGAUGCCCCCAUUCUGGAGUUGUCCCUUCUCACCCAAGCUCAUCUCAACGUCCCUUCCUUCCAACACUCAGCGCUUUGGUGUCCUGCUCGGGUUCCAGGAAGACCCCACCCACAACCCAUUCCUUACGGCACCUUAAGUGAUGGACUUUGGCUGGAUCUGGGGCAUCCUUUACCAGGUUUCCAGAUUUAUUUAUUUUUCUUUCUCCCCAAAGGAAGGAGCCAAGUUCUCUUCCGUAGGCCAGAAAUGGGAGAAAGCCAGGAGUCGUAGUGAAAAGAAAUGUUCCCAUAAAGUGUCCUCUGUCAUGAGUGCUCGCACCCAGGGGCAUCCUUAUGGGGCAAAAGGUAGAGGUAGGAGUUAUGGGGCGGAAAGCAAGAGCUAUGAAAUGCUUUAUCCAGACAGUGUUUGAGCAUGUUUAAUGUGCUCUACGAACACGGGAGACGGUUGCGGCUCCUCUCCCCCAACCUGCUUCAAACGGAGUGACCCUCCGUUUUAAGUUUAUUUCUCAACUUCCACUGCUGAAAUCUGAUUUUUUCCUCCCCCAAGAAGCAAAGCCAAAUUCUCAGUUUCACCUAGAUAAAAGAAAAUCAGAAAGAGCAACGAUUUGACCUUUGCUUCUCCAUCCAUCCCAUCACAAUGUAGGGAAGAUGUCUCUGGAUCUCUAGGGACCAUCGCUUUUAUCUCCUCCUGGGUCCAGGAAUGGAGAGAAUCUUAUCUUGGGUUGGUGCACAUAUGUGUGGAGAACAAGACAGAGAUAGGGCUCAUCAAAGAGAAACUAGGUGGUCCUUGGAUAGGACAACUGGUGGAGAACAUCUUGGACUCUUAACCGUGAUUCUGGCCUACAGGGGUAGAGAGUUUUGACACAGCAGGGCUUCGGUCCCACCACCUGUCCCUUGCCCUCCUGCCUUCCUGCUUCCUACAGCGCACCAGACCCACAUCAGCCCACAGGCCCUCUCUCUCCACUUGACCAAAGGCCAGGAUGGUAGCCUUGAAGUUCUGUAGAGUUGUUGUAGUGAGGGGCCUCCUACUAUAGCAAGUCCACUUUCUGGAUAUUGCUGGCCGUGGUGGGGCUACCUCAACUCUCGCCAUGCUACACGCGACUCACGCGCUGUGGUUUCUAGCAUCUCCCAGCGCUUUUAGAGAAGGAUGCAAGAAUGCUCCUAGGGGGUUGCUGGCUGCUCCUGGCCAACUGGAGGAGAGGGUCCCAUUCACCCCUUGGGUGCUAAGCAGUUCUUGGAGGAGCUUGCGGUUUCCAGAGAAAGUGCCUUUUAUUCCAACAAACCAGAGCCCUCCCACCUGCAACUUCCUUCCUAAAAAGGAACAUCCCAUCCAACUCUCCAAAUCUCUUACCUUCAGAUUACUCCAGGUGCAGAGCGUUGACGCCUAAAUCACGUCCUGGUGCAGGAUAAAGCAUGGAGGAGCCACCUAGCUGGGCAACUCACCUGCCACCUCCUUCAUCGUUGGGGUUAGUUCUCAGCUCCCUUAAUCACCCAGCAAACGCGGGAGACGGAGAACCGCACAUCUCGCCGAAGUCGGCUCACGGAAGUGUCGAGUUCCCACUCGGGAGCCAGUCCAGAACAAGGUCGAGCCGAUUGGCCGGAAAACAAGAUUUGGCGCGGGCAGCCUUUGCGAUCAAUGUUGGGGGUCUCCUCCACCCCAAUAAACGGGAGUCCAGACAGAUCUCCAUAUGGGAAAACCAGGGGCCUCCAGUCUUCCAGCCCGGAUCGCAAGUCAAAACGAGUCCAGCCAACUCCUUCCAUUCCGGAAGCCUUUUCCCGGCCUAGCGGCUCAGGUUCGCCACCGAUCUUUUCGGCUGGGGGAAUCCCUGCUUUGUUUGCACUUGGGGGGGUCGGUUAGAAACAGCGAUAGCGCGGAAAGAGAGAGAGAGAAGGACCAAAAAAGACUCCCGAGCCCAGUCUGCAAAGCCCUUGGCCCCUCUUGUUCCGACGGUCAUCUUAUUUCUCACAAUCGGCUUAGAAAGUCUCUGGCCAAGAUGCCUUUUAUUUUUUUGUAAAUAGGAAGGAAACCUGCCUCUUUUUACAGCUGUUUGGGAAUCUGAGUGGGAUAUUUUUUGGGGGUGGUUCAGUCGGUCAAGGAAGAAUGAUGGUGGACAAACUGCCCUUCGCGUCAGGGCCUGGCUAUGAAUUUUGGGAAAAUUGCAGGGUAGACACAGAUGCAGAUAAAUGGAGAACAGCCUCGUCUUAACAGCAGGCACACCAUUUCUGUCCUUCUUGAGAGAAUUUAUUAUAUAGAGCAGUGUUUCUCAACCUUGGCCACUUUUUAAGAUGAGUGGACUUCAACUCCCAGAAUUCCCCAGUCCGGGGAAUUCUGGGAGUUGAAGUUCCAUCGAUCUUAAAGCAGCUAAGGCUGGGAAACACUGAUAAUAGAGAUUCCCCCCCCCCCCAAUCUCGUAUCCACCUCCGGCAGCAUUAGGAUUGCAAUUCCCAGCAUCGUGGCUGUGGAAGAUGGGAAUGGCAGUCCCAACCCAGCUGAAUUGGGGGUGGAGGGAAGAUAGGGGGUUUCAGUCACAGGAACGCAGUUACAAAGCUUAUCGUGGAAAACCGAUCCGUCGGCUAAACCACAGAACGGAGUUCCGAGUUGUAAAUAUCAUUCAUGCCAACUUAUUUUUUUUUUCUUCGUGCGUGAGAAGAAUGCUCUUUUUUGUUAUUUAUUCAGUUGUUGCUUUCCAGCGUUUUGCCUCCCCUUCCCCACCCCCCCACCCCUUCAGAAAUAUAUUUAUUCCUGCUCUUGGGAAUGAAGCUUUCCGAUGACAAUUAAAGGGUUACACGCAGAA